CUUCCUUGUUUUCAUGCAUUGAUUUUCUGUUGUUUUGCUUUUCGGCCCAUGGCGGAAUCGCUUCUCGGCACACAGCACUCUUCACGCGCCUUCCCUUCCACACGCCUUCCCUUCGCCAGCACCAAGGCCGAUCCAAACCCACCACAAGCUUCUGUCUCGGACGCAUUGGUGCCUAGCGCCACGCCUUGCAACUUUGAGCCAAGUACGAUAUUCUAGCUGCUGCAACAACCCUUUGGCGCCGCUCGCGAGCUGGUCUCCUGCACUUGUUUGGUGUCAUUUUCAUUCCGCUGGGAGAACGAUCAACAUGCCUUCGAUUCCAUCGCUGUUUCUACUCGCCCUUCCACUUGUCUCAGCACGAAUCAUACCACAUCUCGAGGCUCUCGAAGAUCACGACGUCGUUGCUCAGUGGGAAGAGGUGCUGAGAGCUUUGCCGGGGGACUCAUUGAAAGCUGCCGUCGAAGGACAUCUGCGCCCCAAGUACCGCGAGGGCAUAUUCGAGCACGGUCGUGACGCGAUUGACGCUGUUCGCAGCCAUGAUCCAGAGCUGGCCUCAAAGCUAGUGGAUUUGGCCAAGUCAGAUGCUAUCGUCAAAGAUUAUCUGCGGAAACGCCAAAGCGAUAACAACACGACGUCAGCCACGACCAUAACUACGACAAGCCCAGUCAUUGUGACUGAUAGUACAACAUCCGCAGUCUCCUUCACCACCCAGACGACAGUCCUGACAACUUCUACGACGCAAGUAUCUGCGUCGCCAUCAACACAGACAGGCGUCCUCGUCCCAGUCGAGAUCACAUCGACAGCCCAGGGUGGCAGCACAUUGGUUGCUACGACACAAGCUUUCCAGAAUACAGCCCCUACAAGUGUGGUACUCCAGAUCACAACCACCAAUAAUGACGGCCAAACCGUUACUACUUCGACAAAUGCACCAGCUGCCAUCGUCACGAGAACGGACUCUGAAGGAUCGGUUGUAACGACAGCUUCACCGCUGUCCAUCGUCGCUGUGGCCCCAGGCGGAAGUGUCGUCGCAUCGUCAGCAGACAUGGUGGGCCAUACUGUUGUCCUUUCGAGGCCGACGCCUGGCGGAGUGUAUACUACAACUGACAACACAGGCGAGGUCGCUAUCGUAACCUACACUCCCGGCGGUGGCACUGUGAGCGAGUUGCAAGUUCGGACCACGACCCUUCCCGAUGGACAGCGCAGCACAAUCACCUCCUUCGCCGAAGUUGGCGGUGCCACCGAUGUCCCGUCUGCCGGGAGCUCUCCGAGCGCCUCUGCAACUGGAAUGCCUGGUUUGCAAUCUGGCGCCGGAAUGCCAUCAAGUCGGUUUGCCGCAGAGGUGGCCAUCUUCGUUGGUGCAGCGAUCGGCCUUGCGGGCCUAGUACUGUAGAUGAUGCGAUGCCGCUUGAAUCAUCUGAUGAGUUUGUAUAUGUGAUGGAUUUCAUGAACGACGAGAUAUAACGAACAAAAGCGCUGCAUAGCGAAAAAGGAGGAUUUGCAUUGUUGGCGCCGGUUUUAGCACGGCGGGAAAGAGACUUGAUGUGUAUACGACCUAUCGACAGUGUAGGAGAAUUAUUAUGGGCGAACAGGACAGAACGUAAGCAGUAAUGAUCGC